AUGCCUAAUGGCCUUGCCUCAGCCCCACGUAUGUUUACUAAAAUCACAAAACCAUUUUUUUCAAAGUUAAGGAAACUAGGUCACACUAAUACAUCAUAUAUUGAUGAUUCCCUGUUAGUAGGUGAUACAAAAAGAGAGUGUAGACGGAACGUGAUCGACACAGUGUCAUUGUCAGCAAGCUGUGGGUUUGUGAUCCACCCACAGAAGUCUAUUUUUGAACCUGUACAACAAAUUGAGUAUCUUGGUUUCAUUGUGGACUCUGUGAAUAUGACAAUCUCUCUGCCGCUGCGUAAGCGAGUUAAAGUGAAAGAUAUGUCUUUGUUGCUCUUAAAUACACCAUGUCCUACAAUAGAAACAGUCGCACAGUGUAUUGGGGUACUAGUGUCGUCAUUCCCAGGGGUACAGUAUGGUCCACGUCAUUACAGGUCACUUGAAAAGGACAAAAUAAGGGCUUUACAGAAGUCAAGGGGUAAUUAUAGUGCCCAACUGCAGCUUUCGAAGGAAAGCAAAACUGAUCUCCAAUGGUGGAUCAAUAAUGUUGAUAGUGCUAUGGCUCUCAUUUCGCACCUACCUCCAUCAGUCAUCCUUACAUCUGAUGCUUCAAAGAAAGGAUGGGGAGGUAUUAGGUAUGACAAAGAUGGCACUAUAAUGCAAUCAGCAGGGGGAAGAUGGUCAGAAUUAGAAGCUAAUCAACAUAUCAAUGUCUUAGAACUGAAGGCUGCAUGGUUUUCUUGUUUAGCAUUGUGCAGAAACGAGAAGAAUUGUCAUAUACGCAUUAAUAUAGACAACACCACUGCGAUUGCAUACAUAUCGCACAUGGGGGGUAAAACUCCAACUUGUAAUGCAUUAGCAGGGCAAAUAUGGGACUGGUGUGUUGACAAUAAGUUAUGGUUAUCAGCUGCGCAUAUAGCAGGUCGAAAUAACUCUGACGCAGAUCUUGAGAGCAGACUUGAGCAUGACAAUACUGAAUGGAAGCUAGAUUCCAAUUUAUUUCAUAAGGUCACUCAACAGUUUGGUAAGCCUGAGAUGGAUCUUUUUGCGAGUCGUCUCAACAAUCAACUGCCAAACAAGAAGACAUUGACUCAUCCUCAUCAGAGGGAAAAACAACCGCCCAGGAUGACACUUCUAGCAUGCAAGGUUUCCGGAGUGCAAUCCAAAAAUGGAGACUUUCUCAAGAGACUCAAUCAAUCUUGUUGUCCUCAUGGCGUGAUGGAACCUACAAACAAUACAACACUUACAUUCAGAAGUGAUGAUGAUGAUGAUGAUGAUGAUGAUGAUGAUGAUAAUGCUUGUAUUUGGAUGAAAUACGAUGAUGAUGUGUUUGGACAAUGA